AUGUCGAAUGAAAACCAAACUAAUGAAAAUGUUGCGGGAACGGGUGCUACUAUUACGAGUGUUGCUGCCUCGUCAAGCCGUUCAACUCCUGCUCAUGCUAUGGCACCAGCAGAAAAACCCGGGAAACGAUUCAUCAAGGAGGAUCCUCCGGUCCUGGCUGAAGGCACUCCGGAUGACGAACGAUUUGUGGUAACUGAAGCAUGGAAACAUUCUGAUUUCUUGGGCAAAAACUACAUUUUGAGUUGUUUGGAAGAUAGCUUGUACAAUAUCUAUAGUGUCAUGGAAACUUCAAAAACAUUACGGAAUGCGCUUGAGAAGAAGUACAAGACUGAGGAUGCCAGCCUUAAGAAGUUCGUAGCUGCAAGUUUUUUGGAUUUCAAGAUGAUUGACACUAGGUCGGUCAUAACUCAAGUCCAAGAAUUACAAGUCAUUGUGCAUGAUCUCCUUACUGAAGGAUAUAGUGAUGCGAAUUGGAUAACCGGCUCAACAGAAACAAAGUCUACAAGUGGAUAUAUUUUUAUUGUUGGUGGAGGAGCAGUAUCUUGGAAGUCUUCCAAACAGACGUGCAUCGCUCGCUCUACAAUGGAAUCAGAGUUUAUAGCUUUGGAUAAGGCCGACGAAGAAGCAGAAUGGCUUCGAAAUUUCUUAGAAGACAUUCCGUUCUGGCCAAAACCUUUGGCUCCUAUAUGCAUACAUUGCGAUAGUGAGGCUGCAAUAGGACGGGCAGGGAACUGUAGAUUUNAUGAAGAACAUGAGGAGCAAGAAGAGGAAAUUGGAAAUAUUCACCAAAUAUCAUCAGCUGCGGCAAAUGUUAAUUUCCAAACACAAGGAAAUAAUUCAGUUAGAGGAGUUGAAGAAGGGGUUUCAACUACUGUUAGAAAAAGUAGUGUUAGGUAUAGAGAGUGCUUGAAAAAUCAUGCCGUGGGUAUAGGUGGACAUGCUGUAGAUGGCUGUAGAGAUUUUAUGCCCGCCGGUGAAGAAGGUACUAUGGAUGCUUUGAAAUGUGCAGCCUGCAAUUGCCACCGGAAUUUCCACCGGAAAGAGGUUGAAGGAGAGGUAUUCCACCAUACCCCACCACCCCACCUAACCCACCACCACCCCCAACCCCAUCAUUCCCACCAUCCCCAAUUUUCUCCCUACACUUCCUACCGAACCCCUCACCACCCAUCUGGGUACCUACACGUCAACCCACCACCCCAUCAAAGACCCUUAGCACUACCAUCAACUUCUAGAGAAGAUGAAGAUAUGUCGAACCCGAGUAGUAGUGGGGGUGGGGGAAGUGGUGGGGUGGGUGGUUCAUCAAGAAAGAGGUUUAGGACAAAGUUCACAGCAGACCAAAAGGAUAAAAUGUUGGCAUUUGCUGAAAGAUUGGGGUGGCGUAUGCAAAAGCAAGAUGAGGCAUUAGUGCAGCAGUUUUGUGCCGAGACAAAUGUUCAGCGCCAUGUUUUCAAAGUUUGGAUGCACAACAACAAGCACACUCUUGGUAAAAAACCCUAAAAACAUUUUCUUGAUCACUAUUUUGCUUUUCACCUUUUUAUGGCUAAUUAAAAAGAAAACAUCUAUUUGAUGGAGGAGCAAAAUGGGAAGACGGCAGCUAGCUAGAUAUAAUAUCACUAGCCAAGGAUUUGUUGUAAGAGGUUACUUAAUUAACUUUUUGUUAGGGUUAAUUCCUAGCUAGACAUUUUUAGUCACCUUGGUUUUUCUUUAUUUAUUCUCUUUAUGAAAUUCCAUUUGUCCACUUUAAAUUCCAUCUGAUUUUUUUUGUA